AUGUAAGUUCCUUGUCCAAAACAUGAAGGCUCAUAUCUAAUAUUUAUUCUACUGAAGGAAAAUUAAAUUGAAUUCAUUUGUGAUCAAUGUCAAACAAAUAUUUAAGACAAGAAUAAAUUUUUUGACUUUUAAAAACUAAUAAAUAUUAACAAAGUAAUAGAAAUCCUUAAUUAUUUUAGGCAAUAAAAUAACCAGAAUAUUUGGUUUCAAAAAUUAUUAAUUCUGAAAAAUUAAGAGAGCUCUUUUAAGAAUUAUAAUAAUUUGAUGAGAACAAUUUAAAUUAAUAAUUAAAGGAUAUAGAAAACAUCAUCGAAAAUUUUUAAAUCUAACUCUCAAAUGUACUCAAAGAAUUAUAAGUUUAUACAAAGAAAUAUAUGGAACUUAGAUAAUAAAUAAAAUAAAGAUUAGCAUAGGUAAUAAGUAUUUUGUUAUUAGAUAAUCGAAUUUGAAAAAUUUAAAUAAUAUCUUACUAGCUUAAAUGAAUAAGAGAAAAAAAUUCAGCCUUAAGACAUUAGUGAAAGUGAAAAAAAUAUCUAGAUUUAUUUUGAGAAUCUUUCUAAAAAAAAUUAUCUCAAUAUCAAUAAUGAAAUUUAUAAUUUUCUAGAAUGUAAGAAUUAGUCGAUAAAUCAAACAAAACUGGAUUAUCCAUAAUUGAAAAAUUUAUAGUAAUAAUACUAAUAAUUAUAAAUAUUACAUUCUUAAUUUAAUAGCAAAAUAACUCCCAAAUUUCCUGGAAUAAUUUAAAAUACUUAAUUAAUUACAAAAGAAUUUCAAGCAAAACUUAUUGAUACAAUUGUUUAGAACACAAAAAGAUCAAUAAAUAAGAUUAGUUUAAUUUAUUAAGGAUAAAAAAGUGAUUUAAAUGCUGAAUCAUUUUGGAAUUAAGUGGAUGGGAAAAACAACUUAUUGAUGGUUUUCUAAUCAUAAAAUGAGGUUGUAUUUGGAGGAUAUACUCCAUGUUAUUGGAUUAAAAGUAAAAAAGGAGAAUAUAUUAAUGAUGAAACAUUAACAUCAUUUUUAUUUUCACAGACGAACAAUAAAAUCUAUCCUAUCAAAUAGGAAGGUAAAUCAUAUGCAAUAUAUUGUAAUAAUCAAUAAGGACCUGUUUUUGGAGGAUAAUCAUUAUUGAGAGGAUCUAUAUUCAGUUAUUUUUCAAAUACCAGUGACAUGAUGAUUUCAUCUGACUUUUAAAAUGGUAGCUCAACAAUAGGAAUUGCUUAUAAAAAUGAUUGCUCUCAAAGUAAAACUGAUUCUGAAACUCUUUUGUUUGGGUAAUAAACACCAAGAAUCAUCAUGUAUGAAAUAUUCUAAGUGACAUUUAUUUGAAUUAUAAUUCCC